AAAAAUAAAAAAAACAGAAUACGACGACCAAACGACCAAAAUAAAAAAACAACCAGCCCUCACCUUCGCUCAAGGACCAUUUUAAGGCGUCCAGGAGAGAGGCAACCUGCGCUCUAAUAUGGGAUGCAUCCCGGAGGCGAUAUUCCAGCGACGACCGUCCGCUCUGAUGUGCGCCUAUAUUACCGGUCCAAACUCGCAGACGGCCAUAUUCAUCCUGCAGUUGUGGCAGAAACCUCUCCAGUGAAGGGACAUAUUGCUCCAAGGAAGUCGGGAUGUCUAUUGAUUCAUCGUCGCCGCCAUAGUGGAGUGUGAGCGGACUAUGCCACGCCGCGAUGAUUUUGUCGCAUCUGGAGCAGGCCUCCCCAAACAGAUACAGACAGGCAACGAGUCUGUUGGACAGAGGCGAGGGCAUACUAUUAUCGCUUUCAACAUCACCGUCCUCAUGCCACAAUACUUUGAAACAGUGCCAGUGAGCUUGUGGAUAGCCGGCUACCUAAUAAAUCGGCGACCAGUGCGUCUCGCUGUUGAAUUUAAACAACAGCUGUAGCCCGAUACCCAACACAGCCGACUGCAGGCUAGCUAAUUCAGACGCAUAGAGACCCAAUCGUGGCUGGUAUGCGGAAAGACGGCGUUGAUUUGGGCGAACAGGCUGGGCGCUUAAUGCAACCUUCUCAGUCGUCGUCUGAAUCUCUUGAACAUAUCCUCUUCCUCAAUUCCUCCUCGCAAGGUUGAUCCCAAAGGGACUCCGCCACAUUUUGUUAAAAAAAAAAAAAAGGUCUUUUCCAGGCGCGUCCUACUAUUAACUCGCAGCGAGGCAACUAGAUAGCGCGCAGAGCCUCAAAAAAAUGAGCGGUUUCGAGAUUGCCGGCGUUGUUCUCGGGGCUUUUCCACUCAUCAUCCACCUUGCUGACGGGUACAUGCACGGCGUACACACAAUUCAAGGCUGGACCAGACAUCGGAGUCAGUUGAUGCACUUAAAACAGCUCCUGGAGACCGAGCAGACUCGGUUCCUCAACACAUGCGACAGUCUGUUUCGUGCCUGCACACAUGCCUCAACGUCCGAGAUAGAAGCACUGCUUGCCGGUGUCGACCCUACGGGUGUAGAAUGGCUGAAAUAUCAGGAAUCACUACGGGACUUGCUUGGCCGCUCGUACGAGCCCUAUAUUGCGACUAUAUCGGAUAUGAAAGAUGCGCUAGAGGAGAUGAAGAGGAUUCUCAAUCAAUUUCAGGUGGGAAAUUCGUUGCUUUUUGUCUUUGGCCGCCGCGAGCGUCGGUGCUAGCGAAUUUUAAAAGAGGAGACUCCCAGGACAAAAUCUAGACGCGCUCGCCGACUCGCCUUCACGCUUUCAAGGCACGGACGUGAAGAGCUGCUGGACCGCAUUAGCAAGAACAAUAACAUGCUGGCGGCUUUGUUUGAGCAACGACAACGAUUAGAAGUUAACAGGAGACGAUCCACAUCUUCGGGUUACGGGCGAAUACGGCAACAUUGUAUCAAUAUAUAUCAUGCCCUCAACCAAGCCUGGGGGUGUUGCUGCAAUCCUGGCCAUAUUGCAAAUUUACAUUUGUCAACGCUAACGGUCAACGAAAUGGCAUUUCCGGCUGAUAUAAGACUGCAAAUAGUAUUCCAGGCAAUGGCAGACCAAAAUACUGUCACAGCAAGGUGGCAGUGGCAACAGGCAUAUAUACAGCAGGUCAAAAUGCCGGAAUCAAAGCCAUCCGAGCGGCCUGUCUCAACAUCAUAUAUAUCUUCCGCGAAACUUAGUAAGAAAUUGCCUUGGCUGAAGCCAAAGAAAAAAGUAACAUUUGCAUUACCCGCGAAAGAGAAAGAAUCGCUGUCACCAUCGACCCCGUCCUCAUCGUCAUCAUUACUCUCGACAGCAACGACUUUAGCUCUGCCGGCCCCUACCAGCAAGCCGCCUCCACCACCCUUAACCCCCACCAACGCUCCAUCGGGGCUUACAAUGAUAUCAAAUCUUUGCGCCACGCUCUCCAGCUUGACUUUGGAAAAGUCUCCCAGCCCCACCCAGGGGUCCUGCAUUGGGUAUCUCCAGGGACAUUGCGGGCUGCCGCAUGAACUCCACUUAGAACCACCCGAUACUGACUGGGAAGUGAUCUCGCUUCAUGAUGCGAUUCAGGUAUAUCUCUCGAACACGCCCAGUUCGCAGGGGGAAAAGCCAGGCAGCCAAGUGUCGUCACCACUUCGGCGAAUCAAACCUUUAACGCGCAAGGAACGAUUUAAAUUAGCCGUUGCCGUUUCGACAAGCGUUCUUCAAUUUGAUGACACGCCCUGGCUCAAACAACCCUGGGGCACCAACGACAUCCAUUUCUUCGUCAAGCCUUUCUCCUCAAUGCCAGAACAGGCCUAUUUAUCAACAGCCUUCUCACAAACCAGCCAAAUACCCACGAAUCAGCAGAACCGUACACAGUAUCCACCUUUGAUCCGCAAUAAAGCCCUCUUCACUCUCGGCAUCGUGCUUAUCGAACUCGCCUUUGGAAAGUCUUUGAAAGAUUUGAGAACAGACAAGGACGUCGAGGAGAGCCUUGGGAUGCCAGAUCUCGUCGAUACGUUUACCAUUAAACGCUUGUUGGAAGCUGUAGAAGAUGAAGCUGGAUACGACUACAGCGAAGCCGUCCGCCGCUGUAUUGAAUGCCCCUUUGACGGUAAAGAAGCAAGAUUUACAAACGAGUCGUUUCAGGAGGCAGUGCACAACUGGAUCAUAGAGCCGCUGAAAGUAAGCUUAAAUAACUUCUGCGGGUCAGCGAACGCGGCCAGUUUGUAAGCCAUCUCAGCUUUGGCACAUUUCAUGGGCACUGGGAGGUUCCACAAGCAACGCCAUAUGUUAGGAAUCAAAUAAGAGGUGUGUUGUUUGGUAGUUAACUUUGGUUUAUCUAGAGACAUACACACCGCUGAGGAUAUGGGCAAAAGUAAAUCUUGAAUAAAAUACCUACUACGUGGAGAUAUCCUCCUUUAACCAGUACCUACAGUGGAAUCAGUUUCAAUACAAAAGAAAAGAAUUAGGGUUAGGGCUAUUCCGUGCCCUAACCCCAGCCAACCGCGGCAUCCCGUGGUCCCGUGAUCCGGCAAGAAGAUGCCUCGGCUCAUCAGUUAGUUAGUUAAC